AUGAAAUCUCCCCUAUACUACAUUAUAUUAUAUUGCCCAGCUUCAUCAAAUUAAAUGAAGUAAAGCAACCAGCCAUUGUUGCAGAUUGGAGUCCAUGAAAAUGGGUUGUUUUCUUGCCUGUUUUGGUUACGCCAAGAAACGGAAACGCAGAAAGCCAGGCAGCAAAGUUCAAUCAACUGAUCAGGUUGCCGCCGGAAGUUAUGUGCCUCUGGACUUUGAAAAGCUUGAUGCAUCAGAUUCUGAUACCAGCGCAAGACGAAAAGAAGAAGGGAAUGCUAAAAUGAAGAAAAAGAAAGUGAGGUUUAAUUUGAAUGUGAAAACCUAUGAGCCGUUACAGUACGAGGAAAUUGAAGAUUAUUUGUCAGAGGGUGAGGAGAAAACAAAAUGGGAGUACAGCAAGGAAGAAGCAACAAAGGCAAUGCUGCGAUCGUACCCUUCAAAUUACAGAUACUAUAACUGCGUGGAUGAAGAGGAGGAGGGCGAGAUUGAACUGGACGAGAGUGAUCUUGAAUUCGACGAGAUUGAGGAUUUUGACGACGAGGAAGAUUGCCAUGUUCCCGUGAAAACAGGAAACAGAGAUCCACUGUCGGGUGACAAUGAAGGUGGUCGGUAUGCAAGAAGUUCUGUGCUAAAUCCAGUUGAAAAUGUGGUUCAGUGGAAAGCGAUUAAAGCUAGAGAAAGAGUGGAGCUAAAGAAUGAGAAGGAAAAUAUGAGAAUUAUUGCAAACUUGUAAGAUAUAUUUAAUAAAAUAUAUCCAAGUAUUUAAUUGAGAGGAAGGGAGGAAAAAUACUACGGAAGAAUAUUAAUCUAGAGAGAGGAAGAGAAGUCUGAACAAAGGAGGGAAUUUUUUUAUUUCAUCAGCUUCUUCAUUUGGGUGGUACAAACAAUCUGAACCAAAGCUCCCUAUUUAUACAAAAGGAAAUCCGACAAUUUUGAUGCUGCCAA